GUCCUGAUCUUGUGACCUCGGAAGUUGCCGACGAGCUUGUUCAGCUUCAGGACGACCUGGCACCCUUUGACACGGUGCGAGCGCUGGACAUCAUCAAGGAGGAACUGGCACUCGCGGAGGACCAGCAUGCCGCCUCGAAGCUGCUGUCGUCCUUGCAGGACGCCGAGCCCGUUGCGGCGGCAUCCCUGGGCCAAGUCUACCAAG